GGUGCACAUCACCUAAAAGCACACCUAUUUCGACGCCCAAGGCCAGCGAGGGGGCCUUUUUCCCCAUCUCGGUUUCCACCGCCUUUCUCUCGCGUCCCCCAUGCUUCCCAUCUCGUCGCCGCCCAACUGUUUGCCUCGCAUUCCCACGCUCGAAUUUGCCCCCAGCCCACGGGGUUGACGGGCGCGGACCACGAUGGGAUCUCCCAAGCAUUCGGUCGACCUGGAAAGGGAACUGAGUUGUUCGAUCUGUGCAGAUCUGCUGUACAAGCCCCUGACGCUACUAGACUGCCUGCACACAUUCUGCGGGGCCUGCGUCAAGGAGUGGUUCGGAUGGCAGGCCACGGCCGCUGAGAACGCGCCCACGCCGCCAGCCCCGGACUCGCCCGUCUUCACCUGCCCCGCCUGUCGUGCCCCCGUGCGCGACACUCGCCGCAAUGCCACCGUCUCCACCCUGCUCGAAAUGUUCCUGGCCGCGAACCCAGACAAGGCCCGGCCCGACUCGGAAAAGUCCACCAUGGACGCCAAGUACAAGCCCGGCGAAGUCGUUCUUCCCCGCCUCAAUAUCCUCGAGAGGACCCCCGAACAGCUGCGUCUCGACGAGGAGGAGCGCCGCUUGAUCGACGAGGUUCGCGCCCUGAGCCUACAGGAGGCAGUCGCCGAGGCUGAGCACCGCCAGCGCAGGGCCCGUAGGCGGGGCAACAGCGAUGCCCCGUCGCCGUCUGCCGCCGCGGCGCGGGGAGCUGCCCGGAGGGAGUCACGCCAGCGGCCGUCUGGGGCCACGCCAGUGACCCGGAGUAGAGAGCCCAGCGCAGAUGCGCGCGCCGGCAACGCCAGCCGCCCCAGGGAUCCGGCGCGGGAUGCCAGAGAACGCGAGCGCAGGAGGCGGAUCCUUGUCGAGGCCGAGAACAGGCUGCAGGCCGAGCAGAGCAUCAUGCUGCAGCCAGAGUCGCGGACCUCCUCGGAGGGCCACGGCAGCAGCGGCUCCCGGAGGCGGCACAGGAGCGAGUCGCGCCAACGUCCAGCCGAGUCCUCGGAACAGCCGAGGAGGCGCCAUAUUGAGCACCAGUCCUCCAUUAGGUCUCUGAUUAGCUCCUCGUCCCCGGGCUCCGUCGACAUCGACCGCGAGAUCGAAGAGUUUGCCCGGCAGAUUCAGGAGGAGGGCCUGCUGGACGGCCUGGACCUGGAAAAUCUCGAUCUAACAAACAACGACGAGCUGAGCCGCAAGAUCACCGAGGCCUACCGCAGGCGUCAGCGGGAGAGAUCUCGGCCGCAGCCCUCGCACCAGCGGAGCGACCCCAGCAGUGUCCCGCGGCAGUCCAGGUCCAGUGGCAGCGGCGGCUCCAGCGCGAGCCCUGCUGGAUCAAGACCACAGACGCAACGACGGGACUCGUCACAACGACGGGACUCGUCACAACGACGGGACUCGUCACAGCCACCUGCCAGGCCACGCCGACAUUCGCAUUCCAACUCGCACGCCCGCUCCGUCAGCGCCACGGACCAGCCUGAAAGCGGGCGCACCAGAACUCCCCCCUCCAGCGGGGCCUUCCUCGACGUGCGAGACGAGCCACGCCAUCGGCGCCGCACUGCGAGCGGAGGCCGGAGCUCCACGGUUCCUGGAUCCCUGGGCGUCCCCGCCCCUGGCAGUCUACAACCUCCCCGAGCCGUGGCUCGGUCUCAGACUGACAUAAGCCCGCCCAGGCCGAGCGCGGCCGAUGGCUCUUCUGCCGCCGCUACUCGUCCGGGUAUCUCGGACGUGAGGAGCUCUAGCUCCCAGUCCAUGCCGGCAGGGGCGGUUUCCCGGCCCGAGCAUGAGAAUACCGGGCUGUCCUUCAGCAACAGAGUUCAAGCCACACCGCCAUCCAUGACCACGCCGUCUUUCGAGAACAACUCCAACCGGGGCAGGAGAGUUGGAAGGCCGGCGGACAUUGGAGUUGCCCCCACAUCGAACCCAACUGCGACCGACUCCCCGCCGGCCCUCUCGCCGGCGCCACAGCAACAACAGCACCAACUCCAACAACAGCCACAGCAGCAGCAGCAGCAGCAGCCCCAACAUCAGCCGCCGCAGCAGCAUCAACAACAGAAUCAACAACAGCAAAAUCAACAGCAGAGGACAAUGACUAGGGAAUCGUACCCGGAGCCCAACGUGCCCUGCUCAAAAUGCCAAAGAGAGCAUAUCGAAUAUGAAGUGCAUUAUAAUUGUGCAACGUGCGACCGGGGGAGCUAUAAUCUCUGCUUGAAGUGUUACCGAGAGGGUAGAGGGUGCAGAGGGUGGUACGGCUUCGGCAACGACGGGCGGCGUCGGUGGGAGAGAGCCAAGAUGAAGAACCCUCAGCUGCCUGAACGACAUGCCCUUACUGCGAGCCGGUUCCUCCCAUCAGAUUCGUCGUGGGGCAUCUUCGAGGACCCGGCUGAGAGACUUCAGAGGGGUGCCUUCUGCUCCCGGUGCCAGGCCUGGGCCGCAGACUGCUACUGGCAGUGCGGCGCCUGCAACGAUGGCGACUGGGGCUUCUGCAACGACUGCGUCAACCGGGGGAACUCGUGUACGCACCCCUUGCUUCCCAUCAGCUACCAACCACCAGAGGCAUUGCGCCUCUUUGAACAUCACCAGCCGGGACCGUCGAUCGCAGGCGUCCAGGCCGCCAUGCCGACGCCUCCGCAUAGCCCGGCAGUUACGUCCCCGCUCCAGGUCUACCCCUUCUCUCCCACCUCGCCCCGUUCCAGCGGUCUCGGCGUGCCGCGGCCCAUGAUGUUCAAGACCCGAUGCGACGUCUGCCAGCUCGAGAUACCGCCGGCACACAGCCGUUACCACUGCUACAAGUGCGCCAGCGGGCUGGAGCCGGACUCGAAGCCUGGCAACUACGACAUCUGCCAGCACUGCUACGAGGGACUGGUCCAGGUCGGCAAGAUCAGCGAGGAGAACGGGCCGCAAGGCUGGCGGCGAUGUCCCAAAGCCGGCGACAAGAUGGUGGUGGUUGGAUUCCGCGAGGUCCGGCCGGGUCGGUGGUACCGCCUGAUACAGUGCGACAUGGUCGGCGGUCGAGACGUCCUGAUCGACCCAGUCGAGGGUGCGCCUCACCUGCAGCGCUGGCAGUGGACGGACGAGUCUGGCCACACCGUCAGCCGCCUGGUCACAGCCGACGUACGCUCCUCGGCCCCUGCAACGUGGCCCAUCAGCGGCGGAACAGCCGCGUCGGCUGAUGGCCAGCAGCCGCCACCGUUCCCACCCGACGGGGGCACGGGUCAGGUUCGGCAGGCGCGGUGGUCGUGGUACCCGCCAGAGGCCUGGAACAAUGGCGGCGCCAUGCCCAAGGGCCAACUGCUGUUUCCCAAGGGCGCCGAGAUUCACGAGGUCAAGGACAUCAACGGCGACUUUUCCUCGGGUACCUACAUGGGAUACAACAAUGUAUUCCCGACGGCUUUCCUCCACCAGGCUGACGAAAGAGGGAGAUAGGCGAGGUCCAGAGGGGCAGCAAACACGUGUGCAUAUAUGUAUGGGAUAAAGGGGGCAAACGCAGUGCAGACCCCACGUGGUAAACUAUGUAUUUGAAAGAUUUGACAAGCAGUCUCGGACACAAAGACUCUACGAUAUAUUCGGAAUGUAUGGGAGGAAACCCCAAGCGGCUCAGUCGUCACAACCAGGCUUGGGGAGCCAGGCAGGAGUAUUUACAAUGUCUUGUGACAAAAUGUAGGGCAACGGUUCGAAUCUAAGCAACACUUGAA